AUGGCGGAAUCUAGCACCUUCAAGAACGAGGUUCGACGGAGCGAGGAGGGCCACGGCCUCCUCAACGGCGACGAGAAGCGCAUCGAGGAGAGCUACGAUCUCGAGGCCAACGCCAGCCCUGCUACCGGACACCAGACCGACGCCGACAGGAACCGUAACCCCGUCGAAUACACCAUCUCGCCUCGGGUCAAGUUUGGCUGGUUGAGCGCCUACUUCAUGUUCAGCUUGGUUUUGACCCUCUACAACAAGCUGAUCCUCGGAGCUUUCCCCUUCCCGUGGCUUCUCACUUCCCUACACGCAACCUGUGCGAGUUUGGGCUGCUACAUGCUGCUCCAAUGCGGCUACUUCACCAUGUCCCACUUGGGACGCCGUGAAAACCUCAUCCUCCUCGCCUUCAGUCUGCUCUUCACCACCAACAUUGCCGUCUCUAACCUGUCACUUGCCAUGGUCUCUGUGCCAUUCUACCAGGUCCUGCGAACGACGGUACCUGUGUUCACUGUUCUCAUCUACCGUGUCGUCUUCGGCCGCACUUAUGAGAACAUGACAUAUUUGACGCUCGUGCCCAUCAUGAUCGGUGCCGCCCUGACCACGAUUGGCGAGUACACCUUCACCGACCUUGGCUUCCUGCUCACCUUUGCAGGUGUGGUGCUUGCUGCAGUCAAGACGGUCGCUACGAACCGCAUCAUGACCGGUCCCCUUGCUCUCCCUGCCAUGGAGGUCCUGCUGCGCAUGUCGCCCUUUGCGGCCAUGCAGUCCAUGGCCUGCGCCAUCGCCGCCGGCGAGCUCGGAAACCUCAACACCAUGCGUGCCGAGGGCAACAUCAGCCUUGCCACCGUCAUCGCCCUCCUCGGCAACGGUAUCCUCGCUUUCGCCCUCAAUGUUGCCUCUUUCCAGACCAACAAGGUCGCCGGUGCUCUUACCAUGAGCAUCUGCGGCAACCUGAAGCAGUGCCUCACUGUUGGACUCGGAAUCCUUGCCUUCGGCGUCGAGGUCCACCUGUUCAACGGCUCCGGCAUGAUUCUCACCAUGAUUGGUGCUGCUUGGUACAGCAAGGUUGAGCUCGAUCGCAGAUCCCGCAAAUAA